AUGGAGGACAAAGAUGACUUAUAUAUGGAAGACAUUCCUGGAGUUAAAGAAGCCCUGCAGAACAACGACACUGCUGCAGCAGCUGCAAAGAUUGAAAAAAAUUUGAAACAACAAAAUAAUAUUGCACUAAAUAUCGCCAUCACAGGAGAAUCUGGCUCUGGAAAAUCCACCUUUGUUAAUGCCUUCAGAGGGAUGUCCGAUGAUGAAGAUUCUCUCUCAGCCCCUACUGGUGUAACAGAAACCACCUUAGAGGUCACACCGUACCCCCAUCCAAACUAUCCCAAUGUUAUGUUAUGGGAUCUUCCUGGGAUCGGCACCACCAAGUUUCCAGCUAAGAAGUACCUGAAGCUUGUUGGAUUUCAGAAGUUUGACUUCUUCAUCAUCAUCUCAGACACUUGCUUCAGAGAAAAUGACGUGAAACUCGCUCAGGAGAUUCAGAAGAUGAAGAAAAAUUUCUACUUUGUUCGCUCAAAGAUUGACAACAAUAUGCGAGCUGAGAGAAGAAAGAAAGACUUCAAUAAAGAGGAGACUCUCAAAGUAAUCAGAGACGACUGUGUUCAGAGACUCGGAGGAUUAGGCUUCGAGUCUCCGCAGGUCUUCCUGGUGUCCAGCUUUGAGCUCCACCUGUAUGACUUCAAUCUCUUACAUGAGACCUUAGACAGAGAGCUUCCUUCAAAGAAGAGAGAUGCUCUGCUGUUCGUCAUGCCCAACAUCAACCCAGAGAUCAUCAGGAAGAAGAAAAAAACUUUAAAGCUCCGAUUAUAUUGGUUGGCCACUCUGUCUGCAGCUGGAGCAGCUGUUCCACUUCCUGGUCUUUCUAUUGCUGUUGAUGCUGCUUUGCUGGUUGGUGCUGUCACACAUUAUGUUUAUGCGUUUGGUCUCGAUAUCCCGUCUCUGCAGAGACUUUCUGACAGAACAGGUGUGUCAUACACUGAUCUGCAUGCUGUCAUCAUUUCACCACUGGCUGCAGCAGAAAUAACUAAAGAGCUCCUCCAGAAGGUGAUGACCCAAGUGGGACGCACAGCUUCAUUAAUUGCAGCAGAGGAAGCAUUCAGAUUUAUUCCAUUCAUUGGAAUCCCAGUAGCCAUGGGUCUCUCUUUCACUACAACUUACAAAGUUCUGAAUGUUAUCCUCAGUGAGCUCGCUGAAGAUGCUGAGAAGGUGUUUGAAAAAGCUCUGGGUCAGUAA